AUACUUAUUACUGUUGUUUGACCCACGUGUCUGGCACCAUCCGAUGUUAUUGUACUGUCAUCUCAAUACGUGACUGUCAAUUAAAUGAUCUAUCUGGUGAAUACCGGUAUACAUUAAAACAAACAUGGGUCAGAUUAAAAAAUUCUUCAAGACACCAGGAAUAAGUUGUAGCACCAGGGAUAUACUGACAAGUAAACUUAACAGUUCCAGUGACAGCAGAGUUAUCAAAAUAUUACAAACUGAAUUAUGUUUUUAUGUCCAGUUUGAUGGGAAAGAUUUAGUAGAAGAAGAUGAAUUGACAUUAUCAUGGAUAUUAUCCACACCAUUUCAAGAAGACAAUUUUACUGCAGAAUCUCGGAUUAAAGAAAAUAAAAAUGAAAUAAUGGUAGAGAUAGGACCAAGGUUGAAUUUCUGCACACCUUUUUCUACCAACGCAGUUUCUAUUUGUCAUUCUGUUGGUCUAAAACACAUUAACAGAAUAGAAUACUCUACAAGAUAUCUAAUCUCUGUUCAUGAUGAUAAACCAGCUUCCAUUCAACAAAUUACUCAUAUUGUGGAUUUAUUACAUGACAGAAUGACACAGUGUCAUUACGCACGACCAUUAGAGAGUUUUGAACUACAGGUUAAGUCCGAUCCUGUAUUUGAAGUAGAUAUGAUGGAAAGAGGGAAAGUAGCGUUAGAAGAAGUCAACAAAGAGCUUGGACUGGCCUUUGAUGAUUGGGAUUUAGAUUAUUAUACUGACCUUUUUCUUACGAAGGUGAAACGAAAUCCAACCAGUGUUGAAUGUUUUGACUUGGCUCAGUCCAACAGUGAACAUAGUAGACAUUGGUUUUUUAAAGGACAAUUAAUAGUAGAUGGUGUAAAACAUGAUGCCUCUUUAUUUUCAUUAAUAAUGGAUACACAGAAUCACAGUAAUCCUAACAACAUCAUCAAAUUUAAUGACAACAGCAGUGGGAUAGUUGGCCAUACUGUUAAAGUUCUUGUACCAGAAUCUCCAGUAGCUCCAAGUCGUAUUCAAGUAAAAGAGAAUGGUAGCCGCCAUAUUAUAUUUACUGCUGAAACACAUAACUUUCCUACAGGUGUGGCACCAUUUCCUGGUGCUACAACUGGUACUGGAGGUAGGAUAAGGGAUGUACAUGCUACAGGUCGAGGCGCUCAUGUUUUAGCUGCUACUGCUGGUUAUAUGUUUGGUAAUCUCUCAAUACCAGGGUACAGGCAACCAUGGGAAGAUGAAUUAAAAUACCCAAAUAACUUUGCCUCACCACUAGAGAUAGCUGUAGAAGCAAGUAAUGGAGCGUCAGAUUAUGGAAAUAAGUUUGGUGAACCAGUUUUAGCAGGUUUUUCUCGAUCAUUUGGUCAAGUUUUAGCAAGUGGAGAAAGAAGAGAAUAUAUUAAACCUAUAAUGUUUAGUGCUGGAUUAGGAAUGUUAGAUGGUGAACAUAUUGUAAAAUCUAAACCAGAAAUUGGUAUGGAGGUAGUAAAAAUAGGCGGACCUGUAUAUCGUAUUGGUGUAGGUGGCGGUGCUGCAUCAUCAGUCAAAGUUCAAGGUGAUAAUAAAGCAGAACUUGAUUUUGGUGCUGUACAGAGGGGAGAUGCUGAAAUGGAACAGAAGUUAAAUAGAUUAAUACGAGGUUGUAUAGAAAUGUCGUCUGCUAAUCCUAUACAGAGUAUACAUGACCAGGGUGCAGGUGGAAAUGGAAAUGUUUUAAAAGAAAUAGUAGAACCUGUUGGGGCAGUAGUUAGAGUUGAAGACUUUCAAUUAGGUGAUCCAACACUCAGUAUAUUAGAAAUAUGGGGAGCUGAAUAUCAGGAGAGCGAUGCCAUUUUGGUAGAAAAGAAAGAUGGCGAUGUUUUACGUAAAUUAAGUCACAGAGAAAGAUGUCCAGCUAAUUUUGUUGGUACAGUGGAUGGCAGUGGAAGGAUGAAGCUGGAGGGUUUUAAAGAACAUAACAACAGUAAUGGUUUACCAAGUGCACGACUACCAUAUGAUUUAGAUUUAGAAUGUGUACUUGGUAAAAUGCCUAGAAAAGAAUUUAUUUUAAACAAUGUAAAGCCAGUAUUAAAAGACAUAGAUAUUCCAAAUACUGUCUCAGUAUUAGAUGCUUUAAAAAGAGUAUUAAGAUUACCGUCUGUAGCCAGCAAACGGUAUCUUACAAACAAGGUUGAUAGAUCAGUAACUGGUUUAGUAGCACAACAACAAUGUGUUGGACCAUUACAUACACCAUUAGCAGACGUAGCUGUUACAGCUUCUUCUUAUUUUGAUAAAGUAGGAGCAGCUACAGCUAUUGGUGAACAACCAAUCAAGGGACUGGUUAAUCAAGCUGCUGGUGCUAGAAUGUCUGUAGCAGAAGCCAUUACAAAUCUAAUGUUUGCUAGAGUUACAGAUUUAAAGGAUGUAAAAUGUAGUGGCAAUUGGAUGUGGGCAGCGAAACUAGCAGGUGAAGGUGCAGCGUUAUAUACAGCUUGUCAAGCUAUGUGUGAUGUCAUGAAGAAUCUGGGUAUAGCUGUUGAUGGAGGGAAAGAUUCAUUAAGUAUGGCUGCCAGAGUUGAUGAUGAAACUGUGAAAGCUCCAGGUACAUUAGUAAUCUCAGUAUAUGCACCAUGUCCGGAUAUAACAGCUACAGUAACACCUGAUCUUAAACUACCUAAUAAUACAGGUUGUUUAUUAUAUAUAAAGUUAAGUAAAGAUAAAUAUAGACUAGGUGGUACAGCAUUAGCACAAUGUUAUAAACAAAUAGGUAAUAUAACACCUGAUCUAGAUAUACCACAAGAACUAGUUGUUAUGUUUAAUAUAACACAAUCACUUCUUAAAGAUAGAUUGUUAACUGCUGGACAUGAUGUUAGUGAUGGUGGUCUGGUAACAUGUUUAUUAGAGAUGGCAUUUGCUGGCAACUGUGGUUUAAAUGUUAACCUCACAGUGCCAAAUAAAAAUGAGAGUAAUCUAGCUGUAUUAUUUGCUGAAGAAGUGGGAAUAGUAUUAGAAGUUAAACAUGAAGAUAGUCAAGAGAUAAUGAAUAGAUUUUCAGCUAGUAAUAUUGUGUGUACAAAUAUAGGUUCUUCUAUACCAAAUAAACAGGUGGGAAGAUUUUACUACAUUUUUCUGUAG